AUGGUGAAGCACCACCAAGUGGAGUGGAUGGUAGGACAGAGCUGGCUUAUUUGCAUUAGCCGGGAAAAAUUGCCUCGUUUAUACGAUAGUCAUAUGAUGACGCAGUACAAAGGGGCAGUCUUUGGUGAAUUGAGCCCCCAGUCCCACCCUAUUGCUUUUGCGGAUGCAGCAUAUAGUGGCGAGAGUGGAGCAAGUGAAACGGAAAGCACAAAAUUGCUCAUGCGGUAUUUUGCUUUCAUGGGAGGCAGAGCUGCAUCUGACGGGAGGACUGUCAAGCAGCAAGUCCUAGAGUCAAAUCCGAUUCUAGAAGCAUUCGGUUAUGCAAAUACAGUCAGAAACAACAACUCCAGUUUCUCCCAACAUUUUGCUUAUUUGGGAGGCAUAGCUGCAUCUGAGAGGAGGACUGUCAAGCAGCAAGUCCUGGAGUCAAAUCCGGUUCUAGGAACAUUCGGUAAUGCAAAUACAGUCAGAAACAAUGUAACUGCAGUCAGAAACAACAACUCCAGGUGGGAACAUUUUGCAUUUAUGGUUUAA